ACAGAUGACCUCAGCCAGUUCUUCCUUUCCCAGAAAGAAGGAGCCUAGAGGAAGAUAGGAUCUGCCUGCUCUUCUUCUGUCUUCUCUUUUCAUAACACUCUACCUGUACUGAUCAGAAAUUUGGGCCCCCCAAAAGGGACUAAGGAUCAGCAGAUGCUUUUCUCUGCCAAAGCCUCAACAUAAGAACUGGGUAAGAUGGCUCUGUCCAGGAUUCUAGUCUUCCAGCUGUUUCUGGUACCAGCUCUGACCUUCCUCUCCUUUACAUCCUCUGAAGUCAGAAAUUUCUAUGCUCUGCACAUUGACUAUCCUAAGGUUACAUUUGCUAAGAGCUUCCAUGGCUACUGCAAUGGCCUGAUGAGCUAUAUUCGAGGAAUGAAAAAGGAUCGGAGAUGUCCCCAUAUCCACCAUGUGCUUCAUGCUCCCUGGACAAAAGUUAGUAGCAACUGCAAGCAUUCUGACACCUUCUGUGAAGAUUUCAAUGAGUACUGCUCUCUCAGCCAAGAUGCCUUUCCUCUUACCACCUGUAAACGCUUAUCCCUGGAGCCACCCAGCACCUGCCAAUACAAUGAAACCACUUCCACUCAACGGGUUUACCUACUUUGCUCCAGAAAAUACAAUGGUGAACCCAUGCAUAUCAUUGGCGUCUACUAGAGGUAGAACUGGGAUUCCUCCCAAGUGUAAGGGGAAACCUAGGCUCCGAUCCCUGACAAAACAAGGGUCAGGCUGUUGUUCUCUGCUUGGGGAAUGUAAGUCUUCCCCUGCCCUCUGCACCUCUUCUAUGACAACAAAGCAGGCCAAGCCAGUUUCCAGGAAACCAGAUCAUUCGGCAGAGUCUACAAGGGCUCCAGACCACUCCCCACGGUCUCCACAGGAAGAAAAGUAAAUAAGUUACCAUACAGACUAUCAGGAAACUGCCCCAUUACCCUCUGAGCGAGUCCAACCCUGUGCCCCUUUGCCAAUCUCCCAACCCACAGAUACAGCCCCUCACCCUUUGUGGAGUUCAGUCUUCCCCUCUCUCCCCCUCCCCCCACCCCCUUGCCCUAAGAAGCUAACUCUGUCCAGUUGGCAGAGGCUGGCUGUACACUUGGCCGGAUCCUGAAAACUGGCAAGAGGCCCAGAGCCAUGGCCAGCACCAUGACAACAGCUGGCCUGGCCUCCUUUUCCCCCAACCCCCACUUUCUAUCCCCAUUACUUCUUUCUCUGCUCAGUUUCCUCCAAAGGGUAUCUUUGUUUGCUAGACACUGGUCAUCUAGUCUCUGAAGCACUCAGUUCCCUCACACCCAUCCUGAGCUCACAGAACCCCUUCCCAUCCCAUCUUAACCAUACACACCCAAAUUCCCAAUCUCUCCCUUUCUUUCGAGUCAUUGGGGUUCCCUUCAUAUAUAAUCUGCCCUCUUUUCUCUCCAUCCCACAAUAGACUCUAUGUAUCACUUGUGAGGUUGAGUGGGAUACAGUAAGAUAAAGUCUUUUAAACCAUGAA